GACGUAUUAAUCCACUCCAUGGAUUAAAAUGAUCUAUUAAUCAACUUGAAUUUACGAGUAGGAAAUAUCGUUCGCUGAUUCGUAUGUUUUCAAGAAUAAGGCCGGCCCCCAUGACUCGCGACUCGUCGCCUAAACUACAGUCUGCUGCGAUCGGUUUGAGGGCUCGGUUCCGUGCACAUCCGCACUUUCCCUUUCUUUCUGUAUUCGUUCCAUUCGUCUCGUAUCAAGUCGCGCCGAAUCGUGAAGAGUACGACGAACGUCGGUGCGCGUGUUCACGGAAGUGCGAGGGAUCUAAUCUCGCGUAAAAUUCUUCGACUCUCUCGAAACCCCAAUAGGAUUUUCAAGAUGCUUCAACGUUUCGCGAAAACAAAAGGAAGACACGCGAUGUCCACUAUGUCCACCACCAGAGACUUGAUAGCAGAUUUGCCGAAGGGACCGCUGGAUGCGUACAGGAAACGAGCGACGUUCGAUUGGAAAUCAUUCAAGUUGGCUUUAGAUGGAGAAGAAUGCGUACGGUAUCAGAAAAAAUUAUGGCAACUUGUCGAGAGUCAUCCAGCAUUUCAAAAGUUGACGUGGCCGACAAGUUUGGGUGAAAUUCGAAAGCGCUGCAACAUUCAACAACAAAUACUUCGCAAGAAUGAUGUGGAUGCAAUUGGAGAUGGUGCAUCUUUCCUUUAUGUUUUUGAAUACGAUGCGUCGCUAGCGGUAAAAACGAGUAUCGCCUUUGCUAUGGUACCAAGAACUGUAUUAGCAUUGGGUACAGACCAGCAUCAACAUCUUAUAACAGAACUUGGCUCUGGAAAUUAUAUUGGUUGUUUUGCACUGACUGAAAUUUCUCAUGGAACCAAUGCGAAAGGCAUGCGAACUAGAGCAACAUAUGACAUUGCAACGAAAAGUUUUAUCUUUCAUACACCUGAUUUUGAAGCUGCAAAAUGUUGGGCGGGUGGUUUAGGAAAAUGCGCAACGCACGCCGUCUUAUUUGCACAGCUAAUUACACCGGAUGGAGUAAACCGUGGUCUACACGUUUUCAUCGUGCCAAUUCGCGAUCCCAAAACUCAUCUACCUUUUCCUGGUGUCACUGUUGGUGAUAUGGGUGAAAAAAUAGGCCUUAAUGGAAUAGACAAUGGAUUUCUAAUAUUUAAUAAUUACUCUGUACCACGUAGCUGCCUGUUAAAUCGCAACGCGGAUGUCAGCGAAGAUGGAAAGUAUGUCCCCACUAUAAAGGAUGAACGAAAAAGAUAUGGCUCGUCUUUGGGUGCACUUUCAGGAGGCCGCGUCAUCAUUACGGGAAUUUGUGCACAUUUGAUGAGCCUUGCAUUAACAAUUGCUACACGUUACUGUGCUGUUAGAAAACAAUUUGGUCCUACUGAGGAUAAUGAAUUACCUGUUAUAGAAUAUCAAACGCAACAAUGGCGAAUCAUUCCUCAUUUAGCCGAAACGUACGCAGUAAAAAUAUUUUCAUCGGCAUUGCACGGUAGUCUAUAUGAUCUUCAUAUUCAGCGUUUGUCUAAUAACGAUGAAGAGUUGUCUGCGGAUCUAGGAAUGGAGAUACACGCGUUAUCCGCCGCGGCGAAACCAUUAUGCGCGUGGAUUGGUCGUGACGCGAUUCAGGAUUGCAGAGAAUCUUGUGGUGGGCAUGGAUAUUUAAAAAUGUCUCGUUUGGGCGACAUCAGAGCUGACCACGAUGCAAAUUGCACAUAUGAGGGCGAAAACAAUGUACUUAUUCAACAAGCAAGUAAUUGGUUGUUAAAUCAAUGGGCUGGUAUGAUUAAAGGAGAGUCUGUCAUAUCACCGCUUGGUUCUGCGGAUUUUCUUGUAAACGCAGAACAAAUACUUAGCACUAAAUUUAAUCAAACUACAGUGGAAGGUGUACUGAAGCCUGAAAAUUUGCUCUUAGUUUUUAAAUGGCUGGUUUGUUAUUAUUUGAAUAAGACAUAUCGACGUAUGAUGGAAUUUAAAUCAAGCGGAAUGUCUGAUUUUGAUGUACGAAAUAAUAUCCAAACGUUUCUAGCACGAACAUUGUCUCUGGUAUAUGCAGAGCAUGCAGUAAUGCUAUCUUUUAUCAAAUGUAUACAAGAUCCAAAAUGGAAACAAAACGAAAAAGAAGUACUGACAAAAUUAUGUUCUUUAUUCGGAGCGAUAACAUUAGAGAAGAGAUUGGGAGAUUUAUAUGGCGGCGGUUAUGCUUCUUCUAACAGUAACAUAGAUCGUCUUUUGCGGGAAGGAAUUAUAAUAUUGUGCAGAGAUUUAGUCGACAAUGUUGUUGCAUUAGUUGAUGUAUUGGCACCAUCAGACUUUGUUCUUAAUUCUGCGCUAGGAAUGUCUGAUGGCGAGGUGUACAAACACAUGAAGGAAUGGAUAUACAAAAACAAAGAGAACUUAGAACGUCCAUCAUGGUGGAGUGACAUCCGAUGUAAAUUGUAACAUUAGGGAUAUGAAUGGGAAUUUUUCUACUAUUUUACAUUGAUGGAUUUAGAAUAUUUUUACAAUUCAUAAUAACUUGAAACAACCGCACAAAUUCAUGCUGUUCGUUCAGAAUUAUGCAUGUACUAAAACUUUAAUAUUGAAAUAACUUGUUAUAUACUGGAAUAAUUAAUGCAAUAUUAAUUAUUGUUAUAUACCUAAUGUGAUAAUUGAUACUUCAAUAUCACACGUUGUUAAAUUUUUAAUAAAUAAUUUGCAUAUAGUUUUUAUAUGUUAUUAUAAAGAUUUUUAUAUAUUAAUCAUAUUUGAUAUUAUAAACCAAGUCCCGCCUCUUGGCGAAAACUGAACGGUGCAAUAAAAAAUAAAUAAAAAAUAUAUAUAUA